AUGGCGUUUGAGGUGGCUAUACCUGCCCGGACGCCGAUUACAGAGCGGGAAACGGGUGGGAGUAAGAAGACGCCCGGAAAGGCGGCAAAGCCUAAGAAGCACGCUGUGGAGACCCCCGGACAUGCAUCGAGCAGCAAGACCCCCGCGCUGAAAUCAAUCCUCAAGGAAACGGGCACUCCCGCAACCGCAGCUGCGGCGCCGUCGGAAUCUACAACUAUAACUACAACUACGACUGCAGCUAAAACACCCUCGAGAUCGGCGACCAAGAAGACGGCUUCGAAGUCCACCGCCGCCCCUACCCACACGCCAGCUGCUGCUGCGAAAUCUACAACAAAAACGCCGAAAGCUAGAACCUCACCAGUUAGCAUUAGCACACCCGCCGCCGCCGCCGUUAAGACGGUCUCGAAAACACCACUGUCCAAGACACCACAGUCAAAGACAAAGACGUUCUCGAAAUCCACCGCCGCCGCAGCACCAGCAUCCAGAACCAGAACGCCUGUAACUAAAACUAAAACGGCAACGGCAACGGCAACAGCUAAAACACAAUCACAAUCACAAUCACAAUCACCACCACCAGCUACUAGUACAGCGGCCAAAACGCCCCCGAAACCAAAACCCACACCCACCACCGCAUCAAAACCAGUCUCCAAAAAGACCCCAAAAACCCCACUCUCCAAGAAGACCCCCAAGACAUCCAUAUCAGAGCCCGAAACACCCGGCUGGACAACAUCUAUCGCGCGCAACAAGCUUAAGGGGCAGAGCUUCCUCGGCUUCGCGGGCUUCGCGGGCGCAGACGGUGAUUAUGAGGAUGAGCUGGCGUCGCCGGGGCCUGAUGAGAAGGGGCGGGUGAAGAGGAAGAGGAGGAGUGGUGGUGCGGAGAAGGAGAAGGAGAAGGAGGCUCUGGAGGAGGAGGUGGUGGUGGCGGUGGCGGUGGCGGAGGGGAAAGUGGGAGAGGAGGAGGUGGCAGGGAAGGAUGCUGGGGAGGAGAAUGGCGCGCCAGACAGCGCUGUGGCCACCGCUACCACCGCAGGCAUCGAGUCUGCCGCGCCUACACCAGCGGCCGACCCAGCGGCCGAUGCAGCGCCAGAACACUCGGCCCCUACCACCACCCCAUCAACACCCGCCGACUCCGGCUCUGCAUCCAUGGAGGAAGAGGCUGCACCACCACCGGCAGCGGCAGAGGCUCAGAAAGAGUCCUCCUCAGAAGCCACGCUAGGCACCGGCGGCGGAAAGAGCACUAGGCCGCCACAUGCGUGCAACAAGAAGAGGGGCUUCUGCUUUGUGUGUAUGGAUCUGGAGGGGGAGGAGGAUGAUCUCAUUUAG